AUGGCCGAAGAAAUGCACGUAAACCCCCAGCGCGCAAAGCAAUUGAUCGAAAAUCUCAGCCAUGUGAACAAGAUAAUACAGACUGCCAACAAGUCCGGCAAAAGUAUCCGCCUCAUAGCAGUUUCAAAACUCAAGCCCGCAAUCGAUAUCCUCGCGCUACAUCAGCCUCCGGCCUCCCACCUCCAUUUCGGCGAGAACUACUACCAAGAGCUCCUCGAGAAAUCCCAGCUCCUCCCGCGCUCCAUCCACUGGCACUUCAUCGGCGCGCUCCAGACGAACAAAUGCAAACCCCUCGCCGAGCAGAUCCCGAAUCUCUUCUGCGUUUCCUCAGUCGACAUCUCCAAGAAAGCUGAUGCGCUGGAAAAAGGGCGGAAGGCCCUCGUCGAAGACUCAAAGAGAGCCGAAAAUGGCGGGCAGAGCAAGGACAUGCCACCUCUGAGGGUCCUCGUGCAGGUUAACACCUCAGGCGAGGAGUCCAAGUCGGGUGUCGAGCCAUCAGACACCGUGUCGCUCUGCGCUCACAUCCGUGAGAAGUGCCCGCACCUCAGGCUUGCGGGUUUGAUGACAAUUGGCGCUAUCGCGCGGUCGCAGGCCACGACUGCAGAAACGGAGAACGAGGACUUCGUUGUACUGCGAGAGACACGGGACAAGGUCGUUAAGGAGCUAGGAAUAGCGGCUGAGGAGCUGGAACUCAGCAUGGGAAUGAGCUCGGACUAUGAGGGCGCGAUUGCACAGGGGAGUGACGAGGUCAGAGUGGGCACGACGAUUUUUGGAGAGCGGCCGGCCAAGAAGGAUGCGAAGGUCAAAGAAGAUGUAGAAGAAGAGAAGGGUUGA